GAAAAGCUUGAAUAACCUCAACAUUUGAAAUCGGUUUCUUUCUUUCAUCGCAAUCAAUUUUACAAAUAAUGGCAUGACUGUGUUGUCGCAUCUCUAUUAUCUUUGCUUUGCACUUUACAAGAAAAUACCACAAGCACUUCAAUUCUGUACUUUAUUGUCUUCCAUCAUGGCAUCGAGUGAAGAGCUUAGCGGACUCGUCAUGAAAUAUUCUGAACCAAAGAAAGGCCCUUCUAACCUGACUAUCUAUGAGUUCUACCAAGUCGAACAGUACGAAGCUCAGGAGCUAUUCGAGUUUGAACAAUAUGUUAAGAUCAUUCGAUUUGCUGAAGCUGUGUGCUCUGGUACUCAUCCUCGAUUUGGCGCUUUCCCUCAACCUGGCCCUGGAGCGCACAUGACGGGCGCAGAAGCUUCCAAUAAGGUGGACAUUGAACCUAAAAAGAUUGGCUUUGAAGAGCUCGAAACUACGAAAGGUUUGAACUCCAUGCGAAAGGCAGGCAGAAAGAAGGGAGAGAAUGAAUACUUUAAACAGACUAUAAUGAAGGCAGAGGAUCUGCACGGAGCUCGGUAUAUCGAUAACUCAGACAUGGACUAUUAUGAGGUGUUAUCGUUGGAACCAUCUGCCUCCAUCGAGGACAUAAACAGGGCCUACUCUGAAUUGAGGUGGACCCAUAAUCCACAGUCGGAUGAAGGGAAAACGAAAUGGCGCGGAAAAGAGCCAAUAAUUUUGCAAAAUAUGCAACAAGAAUGGAACAACAUUCAGCGUGCAUUCAUAGUACUAUCGGACCACCAUAGGAAGUAUGGCUAUGAUAAUGAUAGAGAGAUGCAACUGAAGGGCUUUGAGCGAAAGGGAAGAAACUUGGACGAGUCCACGACACAAAGCAAUUUCGGGUUUGCUGCCUUCCGCGAGGAAGUAGUUCGUUCAAUAGAAGUGCCUCAUCCUGACGACCCCCCCGAGCCAUAUAACGAAGAUUUCUUCAAAAGUAUCACCAAAGACCUUAUUGUCGAAGAGAAAGACAUUGACUAUGAUAAAAACUAUUAUCAUGAUCUGGGUGCUAACGACACAAAGAAGAGCUCAUCGUGGAACGGAGUUAUCAGUGGAGAUCAUUUCGGAAGCCUUUUGCGGAGUAUGGGUUAUGACCACAUCCGGAAUCUCAGGCAGGCCAAAGAUGAAAAAGCUAUCAACAAGGUGCGCUCAGAAUGGAACCAGAAGCUAAUCUCUUACAUGAUACUGAAAGACGAGAAACUUCGUAAGAAAUACAACGAGCACAAUUACAGUCAUAAGAUAUAUGAAUAUUUGCAAAAGGAACAUGAUUCCAAAGAAUUCGAAAGAGUCCACAACUCACAGGUUCUAGUAUCAGAGAAGAUGGAGCGUCGUGGCAAGGAUGCUAGUUCGCAGCCAGCUAUUACAGGUAAUUACUUUCAAAGACUAUCCACAGAGACAAAGAGUGCUUUUAUAAAAGAUGCUUCGGAUGAUGGGACUAGUGCUUCUACUAUGAUGACUAGAGUGGAGCAAAAUACAGAGAUAGAUUACUCAGUGAUUAUUGCACACACUGAAAAGGUCAGCGAUCGCAUUCAAGUAAAUCCCGCUACUAUCACUGACCGCAUUCCAAAAUCAAUGUCUCAAGCCUUCUCCAUCAGCAAAGUCCCGCUUCGAAAUAACUCUACUAAUCAAAAAUCCCAAUCAUCGAGUGGUGCACUCAUGUUUCCUACACUGCAACGCAAAUUACUACAGGCUCGGAAAGUUCAGGCACAACGUGUAGUCCAAGAAAAGCAAGCUCAAGCAAAACUCUCAGUUCAAGUAACGGAGCCGAGUGCUACAUUUUCGAAGCAAGCUCGAACUCUGCAUCCAGCUGUUCCAGGUCAAGUACCCAACGUUAUACGUGAUCAACAGGCUUUCGUACAAAAGCAACUUAAUGCACAACGAGCCGCUGUACAAAGUGCAGCUUCACAUCGUGCAGAAAUUCAAAGAUCUUUGGGUUUAGAUAGAGCUCCUCCGACUGGACCUCGAGUUUCGUUAGGUAUGGCUCCCCGCUUGAUGACAAGUUCAUUUGCACAUAGCUUGAACUCCACUUCGCCAUCGAAGUCAUGCCCACGACUUGAGUUGAAGAUGAGUCAUCCUCCAAUGAUGGAUAAGAUUUCUGAAGUCGCAGGGUCUCCAUCAGAGCUGUCAAAAAGCAGCGAGAAACGCCCAGCGAAGAAGAAGCGAAGGCUCGGGGAUAGGGAGUGUGAUGGGAAGAAAGAGAAAAGAAGAGUGAAUAAGGGAGAUGCCAGCAGAAGCGGUGUUGAGAUGAAAUUGCAGGAUGAAGGAAGGACGAGAACAGAUCCAGGAGAGAAGAGUAGUUUGAAGGAAGACGGGGAGAUAUCAGAGGAUGAGAGUGAGAGAGAAGCAGAUGGGAGACAACGCGGAAAGAACAGAAGUCAAAAGUAUAAUGGCGGAAAAAAGCGCAAGAGAGAGUACAGGAGAAAUUCAUGGCGCCCUGCUGAAAUCUAGCGUUCAGCAGAGUGUGAUGAGGUUCAUAAAGAGAUAUGCGAAGAAUCCAUACCAAGGCGUCUUCUCUAUGGUGGUAUUAAAUACAAAAAUAUGAAGGAGACUUGAUGGGCAUGGUUAGGUGCGGAAUCGAAGAUAUUUCUGUCUAAUUUGGGGUAAUUGAAAAUGAAACUUUACAUGGAAUGGCAUAGAGUUAAUCUAGAUUAUGAGAAUAAUGGAAACACCA